AGGCGGGCUAGUUACGCUGUUGACAAUGAUGAGUUUAGAUUAGAAAGUGAAGAUAAUAUAAGAAUACACGCGCGUGUAUAAAGAGAUCCACCAUGCAUCCCCAUGGAUGGAUGCAGUUUAUUCCUGAUAAAAUCUCUUCGUUCACAAAUAGACAACAUGGAGUCGUCGUUCUCGUCGUCCUUGGGUAAUAACAGCAGCAGGAUACUGGUCAUUGGUGGUACGGGGAUGAUGGGGCAGCACCUCGUCAAGGCCAGCCUCGCCGCCGGCCACCCCACGGCCGUGCUCGUCCGCCCAGCCAGCAGCAGCAAGCUAGAGCUUCUCGAGACCAUCAAGGCCAGCGGAGCAACCGUUAUUGGAGGUGACAUCUACGACCACGAGAGCUUGGUGGCGGCGUUCCACCAGGUUGACGUGGUCAUCUCCGCCGUCGGCCACCACGGACCGCAUGACCUAGAAGACGGCCAGCUCAGGAUUGUGGCAGCCAUCAAGGAAGCAGGCGGCAGCGUCAAGCGGUUCGUGCCGUCCGAGUACGGGUGCGACGUGGAGCAGGCCGCGCGAUCAGCGGCGGUGCUGGAGCCGGCGCGGAGCAUCGUGCUGGCCAAGGUCCGGGUCCGCCAGGCCAUCAGAGCCGCCGGGAUCCCGCACACCUUCGUCUGCAGUUACUGGGCGCACGGCUUCGUGCUGCCGCGCCUCGGUGACCCCCACGCCGACGGGCUUCCGGCCACCAGGGCCACCGUCUUCGGGGACGACGCCACGCGCGCCAUCUUCGUGCACGAGGCGGACAUGGCCGCGGUCACGGUGAGGGCCGUGGACGACCCGCGGGCGCUCGACAAGACCCUCUACCUGCGGCCGCCGGCCAACACCUGCUCGCUCGCCCACCUGGUGCGCCUCUGGGAGGACAAGACGGGGAGGGCGCUGGACAAGUACUACAUGCCCGACGAGGAGCUCGUCAACAGGAUCAGGGACUCGCCGCUGCCGCUCAACUUCCAGCUGGCCAUGGUGCACGCCACCGUCGUCGCCGGCGUCUGCGACCAGACCGUCGACGCCGAGGCCGGCGGCGUCGAGGCCACGGAGCUCUACCCGGACGUCAACUACGUCACCGUCCACGACUACCUUGACGGUCUCAAGGAGAGCCUCACGCGCAACGUCAAUUCAUGACCGCAGCUCGAACGAUUAUAUAUACGUACUACUGUAUUAUCUAUUUGUGUCGUCUUACGUUGCUAUACGUGCGUGAAUAAAAUUCCCUACGGCUACAGCCGGCUAUAGCUGCGCAGCUUCUUUUCGAUUCGUGACAUAUGUACGUCCACCUACGAUGAUCUACUUUUUUCUAGAGCAAAGUACAUUACUAGCGGUUUCCGAACUUGGUACGUUA